AUGCCUCCCAGUGGAGUCGACUUCCUUCACCGGCUGCGGUCCGAUCCUAAAUCCCAUCACAUCACUAUCGGACCUGCUCCUGUCCAGUUUCAUUCCCCGAGAGAUCCAAAUGCACCAUCUCAAAGCCAACCAUCGCCUUCCCCGCAUACAACUCCCGAGUCCGACGAGCACACUCCCGAGCUCGAGGUCGACGACCCUCGGGAGCUCUAUGACGAUUCACCCGACCCGUUGCCAGAGCCCGCCCAGCAUGAUGGGUCUCACCCUUCCACCCCGACCGACGAUGACGAUCCCGCCGUCGCGUUCCAGACAAGGGGUCACUUCCUCGACUCAAACCGCGGUGACUCAUCGGCGUCGCCAUUCGGCGGCGCCCUACCGGGCUCGCCUAAGACACGCGUUGUGUCUGUUGCGCCCGAUGCGCCGUCACCCCGGCGCGUGCACCCCCAGCGCCCGAACGGGGCGCCGAAGAGGUCGCAAUCAGACUUUGGCAAGACGCAGACCCUGGGUUCUGACGAAAUCCCACCGGCCGACAGCGAGCGCUCCCGACGCAUCGCCGCAGAUGGCCUCCCCCCGCAACUCAGUUUAGGCGCCAAUGGGAAGGCGGACUGGCAGUGCUUCUGCGUCGCGUAUGCGGCCGGAAUGUGGAAUCCGAACUACACCCCGCAGCCCCCUCAAGGCCCGUCUGGCCGAUUCAGCACGGACGUCCUUAGACCUGCGCCACAUUCCCAUUCCAGACAUCCAGCACCGCCAAAUGACUCUGACCUGAGAUCGCCGACAUCAACGAAUGCGCCCCCAGUGCCCCUCGACAUGCAGUGGGCAGCGUUUCAGCAACCAGAUUCUGCCGCCGUGGGAUCGUUGCCAUCCGAGGGCUUUUAUGGACGCAACUCGGUGGCCAACCCGGCAAAGGUCGUCUUCUCACUCCCUCAUCCAGAACGCGAGCACGUGGACCCGUUUGGACCAACCCAACAGCCACCACCCCGCAAGCUCUCCGAAGGCCUUCCCCACACUGGCGCUAUGCUUCCUGCCAUGCAGGCCGAAGGCGGCAUCCCGCGCAAGAUCGACGAGGAGAAGGUUGCCGACGACGACACCGUCAUCGACACGUUUGUGCAGAUGACUUUGGGUCCCAGAGAGGAGCGUUCGACGGCUUCCGUGGCGGAAAUGGACACGACAGACGACGAGGAGGACGGCCGUCCAGUCUUUGAACCGCCGACCGUGGAUCCAGUGGAAGAGUUCCGCUCGAUGCCUCAGUACGCCCAUUUCAUUGAGGACUUCCCAACGAUCACCCAUCCGACUGAAAUGGCCAUCUUCUACCGGCGCUUCGGUUUCUUGCCCGCUCCCAUGGGUCCGAGAGAACUCGACCGACGCAAAGCUCUGUACAACUUCAACAUUCUGCACACUGCCAAGGACGCCAACUUUGAUCGGAUCACGCACAUCUGCAAGCUCAUGUUCAAUACCAAGAUGGUGGUCAUGUCGUUGCUCGAUUCCGACACGUCCUGGUACAAGUCUACGUCUGGAUUGGAGUUGUCGCAGUCGGCCAGAGUUACGGGCUUCUGUUCGCAUACUAUCCUCGGCAACACGGACGAGCCGAUGGUGGUCCUCGAUUCCUUGAAGGACUGGCGCUUUGCUCGCAACCCCCACGUCAUCGCCGCACCCAACAUUCGCUUCUUCGCCGGUGCUCCUCUCCGCACAUCGGACGGGCACAAUCUCGGCGCACUUUGUCUCAUUGACGACAAACCGUGGGAUGACUUCCCACCACGCUCGCGGUUAAUCCUCAAGGAGUUGGCAAUGGUCGUCAUGCGCGAGCUGGAGCUCUGGCGAGACAAGGUGAGUUCAUUCCCCAGCUUGACGUCGUCCCUUGGCAAACCUAGCUAA